GGGUUGAGUUUAAACCCGCAUAAUCCUGUCUUUUCUCUUACAAAAGCAAAAAGAUUAGACAUUUCUUGUUAUCCAUAUAUUUCUACUGCAAUCUCCGCUGUACAUCCAUCUAAAGAAGAUGGACUCAAGGAAGAAAUUGAAAAUGAAGAUAACCCAAUUGAGAAAACGACAAUACCCUUCAAUUUUAAAACUUAUAUGUAUCAGAAAGGUAAUUCUGUUAGUGAAGCCCUGGAAAAGUCAAUUACUUUUAAGGAACCAAUUAAGAUUCAUGAAGCUAUGAGAUACUCUCUUCUUGUUGGCGGGAAACGGGUUCCUCGUUCUUUGUAUUGCUGCAUGUGAAUUAGUUGGACGGGAUGAAUUGACCGCGAUGCCAUCUGCUUGUGCUGUUGAAAUGAUUCAUAUUAUGUCGUUAAUUCAUGAUGAUCUUCCAUGUAUGGACAAUGAUGAUUUAAGACGAGGAAGAAGAAGAAAUAAAGAACUGAGGAGGCGCAGAGGAAUAGUCGAAGAGAUUAGUACCAUUAGGGAAAAAGGGUUAUCUAUCUUAUCGACAAUCUACUAGUACCACUAGGGUUUCGAUAACGGACGGUUAGGAUUAGUUUUAUCAAUGGUGUAUAUUUAGCGGGUUUUUUGGACGGGUUUGGGCGGGUAUUAGCUAAAACCAACCUAACAUCCAUAGACAACAGAUUUUUAUUUUCAUAACCAACCCCGCAACCACAACGGAUGGAUUCGGAUUAAAAACCCACGGAUUUAGCGGGUAGGUGUGGAUUUGGGUAUGAUGGGCGGGUCUUGUGCGGCCCUAGCUGCAAUGGGUCGAAAGAUGCCUCUCCAACAGGUGUGUUGUGCCGAAACUCGUUUACGACAUGAAUUACGGAUAUAAAUGAAGUGGUUUUGUUCUUCGUUUUUUUCUUGGUAAUUUCGGAUUCUUUUGAUACACAGUGUGGAGAGACAAGAAAAGGGUUGUGCGACAUUAAACCCUUGAAAAACCCUCACUUGCUAUUUCUCUGCGCAACUCCCUCACUCGCUAUUUCUCUGCGCAACUCCAUUUGUCUUUUUCUUCCUCUUCCUCUACCCCAUUUACAAACCCUAGAAACCUAAAUCUAAACAUUCCCGCGCUUUAAAUCUUCUUACAAUCUCUAUACGAAGUCGAAGACAAAAAGGUUUUCCGUCUUUGCCAACAUGGAAGUAGAUGAAGAAGAAACCACCUUGAAUACCACUACUUCGUCAUCAUUUCCCCAACCCUCAGCUGUACCCUCUCAUGACAACUUAACAUCCACCAUGACCACUACUAAACUUCCACUUCUUCCAACCUUAAUUGCACCACCUCCUCCAGUAGGUGUUCUUCCAAUUAUUUCUGCAAUUAAUCUCCCCCCACCUUUUCCUCCUCAAAUCAUUCCUCCAAUAGCUCCCAUUCCCCUUGCCCCGGUUCCUCAUCCUCCUGUUAUGCUCCCACCACAUCCGGGAACAGCUGAACAAAAUGGCUCUGAUUUUGAUUCCGGCGAUGAAGAAUCUGGUCCUAAUAAGUCCAUGGAUUACGAGAUAUCAGAAGAGAGCAGACAGGUCCGAGAGCGUCAAGAAAAAAUAAUGCAGGACCACCUUUUGAAAAGAAGGGCUUACGCUCUAGCCGUACCAACUAAUGAUUCGGCUGUUCGUGCUCGUCUUCGUCGUCUUGGUGAACCAGUAACUCUUUUCGGCGAAAGAGAGAUGGAAAGAAGAGAUCGUUUAAGGAAGAUAAUGGUGAAUUUAGAUCCUGAACAUCAGGAUAAGCUUUUUAAAGCUCACGAAGAUGAGGAGGCUGCAAACGCUGCUGCUGCCGAGGAUAGUGAUGGGGAAGGGCCUCAACAGUACCCUUUUUACACUGAAGGAUCGCAAGAGCUUUUGCAAGCGCGAAUAAACAUUGCGAAGUAUUCGAUUGUCAAGGCAGCUUCGAGGCUUGAGCGUGCGAAAAGGAGGAGGGAUGACCCAGAUGAAGAUUUUGAUGCUGAGAUAGAUUGGGCCUUGAAACAGGCUGGUAGCUUGGAACUUGAUUGUAGUGAAAUAGGUGAUGAUCGGCCACUUACUGGAUGCUCCUUCUCUUGUGAUGGAGAAAAGCUUGCAACCUGUGCUUUAAAUGGAGCCACUAGAUUAUGGAGCAUGCCACGAGUAAGUAGGAUUGUUGCUCCUUUCAAGGGUCACACAGAGCGGACAACUGAUGUUGCAUUUUCUCCUGUUUCAUCUGACCUUUUAGCAACUGCAUCUGCUGAUCGAACUGCAAUCUUGUGGAACACUGAAGGGCGUUGUUUGAGAAAAUAUGAAGGGCAUCUUGAUCGACUUGCUCGUGUGGCGUUCCACCCAACGGGUAAGUAUCUGGCGACAGCCAGUUUUGAUAAGACUUGGAGAAUGUGGGAUGUUGAAACUGGAGUCGAGCUGCUUUUCCAAGAAGGCCACAGUAGGAGUGUUUAUGGUAUAUGCUUUCACUAUGAUGGUUCUCUGGCUGCAUCAUGUGGCCUUGAUUCACUUGCUCGGGUGUGGGAUCUUCGUUCUGGAAGGAGCAUCCUUUCUUUGGAAGGUCACGUGAAACCGGUAUAUGGAAUUAACUUCUCCCCAAAUGGCUAUCAUUUAGCCACUGGUGGAGAAGAUAAUACUUGUCGGAUCUGGGAUCUAAGGAAAAAGAAGUCUUUGUACAUAAUACCAGCUCACUCCAAUCUUAUUUCGCAAGUCAAGUUUGACCCACAAGAAGGAUAUUUUCUGGCAACUGCUUCAUAUGAUAUGACAGCCAAGCUAUGGUCAGCACAGGAUUUUAAGCCUAUAAAGACUUUGUCUGGACAUGAAUCGAAAGUCUCAUCGCUGGAUAUUGUUGGAGAUGGACAGUAUAUUGCAACUGUUUCACACGAUCGGACUAUCAAGCUGUGGGGAAGUCGUAGCAAUGGAAAGGACAAGGCAAUGGAUAUUGAUUAGUUUCUAGUCUGACGCCCUUCUUUAUGAAUAUGGGUUAAUUCACACAGUUCAGUUUUGUCUUUCUGUUGUACGCGCAAGUAAUAGAUUUGGUUUUAGCUUACAGAUUAUAUAAGUAACGUAUCGUAAAACCAUCUAAUUAUGCUCAAAAUUCUGUAGCUGAUAUGACAAUGUUGCCCGUAUUCAACCACAUGAGAUGGUGUUGAACAAAUCAAUUACUAGACAAAAUUUGUCAUGUUUUUAGUUUGGGAAUUUAGGCAAGACCUCUUUUACCAAUGUGAUAUACUUGUUUUUAUUUCUCUAA